AUGGAGGAGUUGGUGGGGAGGACGGCAAGCACUGAGCUGCGGCCGUGGGCGUUUCUGGUGGCGUGGGACGGAGUGCUGACGUUGGCCUACCGCGGCUUCCCUUGCUCGCUGGUGGACCUCAAGCAGCACAUCGGCCACCACUUUCCCGAACUGCCGCCAGAGAACCCGGGCAGCAAGUGGCCAAAGACCACGCUGGGCGCGCUGGCUGAAGGCUCGCCGCCGCUCACGCUCGACCAGCUGCGCACUCUUAAGCGCGUGUGCGACGAAUGCAGCGCCGAGCUGCGUUUGCGCGGCACGCCCGCCAUGCGGGUGGACCAACUCGCGGUGGUGGUCUACUGCUGCGCCUCGCUCGAAAAGCGACUCAUCACCCAUCGCAUCGACCUGCUUCACCACACCGGCGACGUGGCCGCGGCCGACAUUGGAGAAGAGGAGAUGAAGAAGGUGGAUGACGUCUUGGCCGAGUUCGACGAGAACCAGCUCGAACGGUACAUUGAACGGGUGGCCACCGGGCGCAACCAUGCGCCCCACUACCGCAAUCCGCGGCCACUGCAUCUGCCCGCCGCAAUGGCCCACUUCUGCCGGCGUGUAGAUGAAGCGCUCGGCAAAGGCUGCUACGAGUGGUUCCACUCCUCCGCGCUCCAUGUCACCGUGCGUGGCCUGUGA